AUGACAAAAUCUAAUCAACGAACGAUCGCUGGAAAUACGAAUACAGCAAGCAGUUACAAUUUGGAAGAAAUGAUCGCGUACAUUCGUCAAAAUCCCAGUGCUGCAUUCGGUGUUCAUCAACAUCUUACUCAAGUUCCAUAUCCGCAACAUCUCAACGCUCCAAUUGAGUCAUCAACACCUAAACGAAUCUUAGACGCAAGUGAUAGCGAUGGUGCACAAAUAUCAAAACAGCAACGUGUUUUUUCGAACGAAAAACAAAAAAAGCCUGGUCAUAUGAAUAUGUCAAUGGCUACAAAUUCUGUAAAUUUAAUAAAUAGAAGUCCUGUACUAGAUCAGCCCCGACAACAAGCAUCUGAACAGCAGCAACGUCAUCUUCCGUUUGAACAGCUAAAACGUGCUGUUUCAAGUAACCUUCCAUGUUUUUUAAUUGAAUAUGAUCAAGUUGGUAACUCGAAGAGCCAACCAUCCGAUGUAACAGCAGCAAAAGAAUGUCGUACACAACAUUUUCGUAUUUUUCUAUAA